CGUCUCGUCUCGAUGGAGGAUAUUGUGCUCGGCUCUUGGAAGAAGUUGGCAGUUUCUCCCGAACGGGAAAGAAGGAGUAUGGGAUUAAUUAAUAGCGAUCGAAGGAAUGAAAACUUGGAGAAUCCACGAUCAGCCGCAAUGGAGAUAAGAAAGGUGUACGUGAAAACUCGUGCCGAAUUUGGCAAGCAAUGCAUCUUCAGUAUUCGGGAACCGACAAUGGACGCCGAGAUAUCGCCGAAGCCGUCCGAGAUGAGCGCCUUCAUCUUGAAGAGCGAGCGCGACAUCGAGGUGCAACAUUCCGCCCAAUUCGCGUUGCAUCAGAUUCAAACGGACGUGAAGAUGUCGAAGAAUACGGGGAUGUUUCAUUUCGAGGGUGGAUGGCCGAAGGACAUCAAUCCAAGGGACGAGGAGACCACGUCCAGAUUUCGCAGAAGGGUUGAGAAGGACGACAAUUGGGCACCGAAACUGCUUCCCAUGUUCGAGGUCAUGGAGCACGCUAUUCUUCAGAACGGUACAGUGAACAUUCACCAGCAUUAUUUCGACGACAUGAUACCAACGCCCUUGGCACAGACCUACAGCUUCAGAACCGUGAACGUGUACAGAGAUCCAGAUAUACCAAGGAGGCCGGUGACGAAUAUUUCUUGGUCAGCUGAUACGUCGAACAGAUUGGCGGUAUCGUAUUGUUUCUUGACCUACGGGAGGGACAUAGAUUACAGUAAAACGGUGUACAUCUGGCACGUCGAGAAUCCCACCGAGCCUUACAUGGGCCUGGAGCCUUUCUCCCCGUGCGUCUGUUGCGAAUACAGUCCAAGGGAUCUCUCCAUCCUUGCCAGCAGCCAUAUAUCAGGCCAAGUCAACAGCUGGGACACCAGGACCGGGAACAAGCCUGUUCAAAGCUCUCAUCCGAGAUACAGUCACAGGGACAUAGCGAACAAAGUGAAAUGGAUACCGUCCAAGACCAACACGGAAUUUUUCUCCACGUCGUACGACGGUUGCGCGAUGUGGUGGGACACGCGUUUCCUGAAGCAGCCUACCGAAGUUCUGAUACUCGAUCUGGAGGAUCCGAACCAUCCUCAAAUAAACAGGGCGAUCGGUAUCUCGAGCGUGAAUUACUUGGCGAUGGUAGGCACCAAGUUUAUGUUCGGAUUGGACAACGGUAUUAUCAUAUCCGGGUCGAGGAAGGCGAGGACGAGCGCGGAGAAGCUCGCUGUUAGAUUCGACGCUCACACAGAGUUGGUGAAAGCCGUCGAUCGAAGUACCUUCACGCCGUCCCUGUUCCUGUCCGUGGGCGACUGGAGGGUACGGAUAUGGAUGGAAGACACAAGGGAAGAGGGCCUGAUUUCCGCUCGUUUCCAGGUUCAUCCAACGGACGGGUGUUGGAGCAAGACCAGAUCCUCCUGUUUCUACGUAACGACCGACGACGGGAAGAUGAUUGUGUACGACAUUCUGCAAUCCAUUCGAAAUCCGAUUUUUGAACUGCAGUUAAGCCACAAUAAGCUCAAUUGCAUCGUACCCUCCGAAGAAGAGCCCGUUGUCGCUAUUGGGAGUUAUACGGGGAAAGUAUAUCUCGUCGAACCAGGUGAAUUCUUUACCACGUUCAGCAGAAGGGACAGGACUUUCUUCUCGGAAUUUCUGGAGAGGUGUUCGAAACUGACAAAGGGGGUGGAUAUACGAUUAAAAGAAAUCAAAUUGAUGCUGGCGGUUAGAGAGGAGCACGAGGAGGAGGAGAAAAAGAAAUUGAAGGAAAGAGUUAAGAAGAAGGAGAGAGACGCGAGGAUGACGCAGGAGAAGAACGCGAAAAUGAUAAAAGAUCGGGAAAAGGUUGUAAAGGACAGGAAAAAGGUACGGGACUUCGAUACUCCGGAAAUUAUAGAAGCUGAAAGAAAAUACUUUGAAAUUGUGGAGAAAGAAAUGGAGCGGUACGCGGACGAUGAUCCUGACAUCAUCCCGUUCGCCGUGUCGAUGCAAGUGAAGAAAACUGACAAGAGGCGGAAACCGUCUGAACCGGUGAUCCAGGUCGCUGAAAAAUCGGAAAUAUUGAAACGAGAGGUAUUGAAGACUCGAAGGGAAAAGUCCAUAAAGAAGACGAUCAAGAAGAAGCCGGCAUCCAUAGCGAAAGUACCUUCUAAAAUAACCGAUGUGCUCAUUAAGAAGGAGUUGGAGAAGAUAAUACCCGAGAAGCAUGAGAAGAAGGUGGAGAAGGUGAAACCGAAGACGAUGAAACUGAAAUUGCCGGAUCCUUGCAAGGACGUGAUUUGCAAGCCGAAAGUGUGCUGCAUGAAACGGGGGGUGAGAGUGAGGAGGAAAAAGAAAGUGAAGAAGGAAGAAACCGAGGCUGCUAAAUGGAAGCGUAAGAGGGAAAAGUUGAUUAUUAUGAAAAUACAGGCACCGCCUACGGAGUUCAAAGAAGAUGUGAGAAGAGCCAAGGAGGAGAUCAAGGAGGCUCAAAGCAAGAAAAAGUAUCCUAAGAUAUACGAGAAGAAAAGGAAACUUCCAUUGGAGAUAAUCAAGAAGGAAGAGGAAGAAGUAGACGAAGAGGAAGUGUACGAGGAGUUAUCGGAAGAAAUAUUGACGAAAAUAAAGAAAAAGGUGAAGCAAGCCGCUCGGCACCCUUGCUUCCCCGGCAUUGGUAAAACCGCCGAGGAAUUAUACGAAGAUAUUAUUGGUGUUCCUUUCCCUGAGAUUGUCGAGAAAAGGAUCAGUGAGGAUUCUAUACUCGAGUAUUUACGCGCGAAGAAGAGAAUUUAUCCACGAAUCUCUGAAUUCUUCGGCAAUACCGAAUAAAUUGAACGUUCGUUCGUAUCCAAGUGGAAAAAUAUCAAGCAACACGGGCAGAAAGGGAAAGAAAAAGAAGAAAAAAAAAAAAAAAAAAAUACGUAAUCGAUCGUGGAAUUUUUCCCAAAACGAUUAUCCACGAGGAGAUUAGACAUUAGCCAUCAGUAAUUUUAAGUUUUAGAUUUAAUCUUUAAUAAUAAUAAUAAUAGACGCUUGUGAAACGAUGUAGAUUUCCAUUUAACGAUUUCACCUAGCUACAUUAGAUGGUUUGCAGCUCGUUAAUAAACCGUGUAAUUUAAAGCGACGGUUUCUUUUGUACCGUGUAAUUUAUUUUGCCCUGUGUGGAACCCGCGCCAACUAGCUCGGCCAGGUUCCACUUUGCCAGAUAUUUAUCGCGUUACGUUUUGUUCCUCAAGAAUUUGAAUUAAAUUCCUCGCGAUUUUACCCCCCUCCCCGCUGUAGACAUUAAAAUUGUGGGAGAACAUAGGAGGGGAUAAUUUUGUACUUUU